GUGGCUUUUUCCGUGCUAGGACUACCUUUGAAUCACAGUCCAGAAAGAAGAAACAAUCCAGUUGGUUUUAGUUGAAUUUUUGUCUCUAAGAACAAAGCCAUGCCAGUGCUUUCGGAGGACUCAGGAUUGCAUGAAACUUUGGCCCUUUUGACAUCUCAGCUAAGACCUGAUUCAAAUCACAAAGAGGAAAUGGGAUUCCUUAGGGAUGUCUUCAGUGAAAGGAGUCUCAGCUACCUCAUGAAGAUUCAUGAAAAACUGCGUCAUUAUGAAAGACAGAGUCCAACUCCUGUUUUACAUAGUGCAGCAGGAUUAGUUGAAGAUGUAAUAGAAGAGUUGCAGACAGCACCAGUGAAUAAUGAAGAAAAAGAGCUGCUUCAGCUGCUGUCAACACCACAUCUCAGGGCAAUGCUUGUAGUACAUGACACUGUAGCACAGAAGAACUUUGACCCAGCUCUUCCACCUCUACCUGAUAAUUUUGAUGAUGAUGAUUUUGAUGAGGAAUCAGUGAAAAUUGUUCGGCUAGUGAAAAAUAAAGAACCCCUGGGAGCUACCAUUAGAAGAGAUGAACAUACAGGGGCUGUGAUUGUAGCAAGGAUCAUGAGAGGUGGUGCAGCUGAUCGCAGUGGUCUUGUCCAUGUUGGAGAUGAACUAAGAGAAGUCAAUGGUAUUACUGUGCUUCACAAACGACCAGAAGAAAUAAGUCAGAUUUUGGCUCAGUCUCGAGGGUCAAUAACAUUAAAGAUAAUUCCAGCCAUCAAAGAAGAAGAUCGUCUGAAAGACAGCAAGGUGUUUAUGAGGGCUCUUUUCUGCUACAACCCCAAAGAAGACAAAGCCAUUCCUUGCCAGGAGGCUGGGCUGCCAUUCAAAAGACGACACGUGCUGGAAGUUGUAAGUCAAGAUGAUCCCACGUGGUGGCAAGCCAAGCGUGUUGGGGAUACCAACCUCAGAGCAGGCUUGAUCCCCUCAAAACAGUUUCAAGAAAGGCGACUGACUUACAGGAGAACAGCAGGCACUCUGCAGAAUGCCAGAACUCUGAAGAAACCAUUAUAUGAUCAGUCUUCUGACAAAGAGGACUGUGACUGUGAAGGAUAUUUCAAUGGACACUACAUAGCUGGUUUACGCAGGAGCUUCAGGUUAAGUCGUAAAGAGAAGGAAAACAAUGUAAAUGAAGGCAAGCAAGCAGAGCAGGCAGAUGGAGCAGAGCUCCUGACGUAUGAAGAAGUCACCAAAUAUCAGCAGCAGCCUGGUGAGCAGCAGAGGCUGGUGGUUUUGAUUGGUUGUUUGGGGGCCAAAUUAAGUGAGCUGAAGCAAAAAGUUGUGUCAGAGAACCCCCAGGAGUAUGGUGUUGCAGUUCCACACACAACAAGGUCAAGGAAAAGUCAUGAGAGAGAGGGAGUAGAAUACAAUUUUGUUUCUAAGCAAUCCUUUGAGACAGAUGUGCAGCAAAACAAAUUUGUGGAACACGGAGAAUACAAGGAAAACUUGUAUGGUACAAGUCUGGAAGCAAUCCGGUCUGUGAUGGCCAAAAAGAAGGUUUGUUUGGUGGAUGUGGUACCUGAAGCAGUAAAGCAUUUGAGGACUCCUGAGUUUAAGCCUUAUGUUAUCUUUGUGAAGCCUCUCAUUUCAGAAAAGAAAAAACAUGUAAAAUCUCACAUGUCAGAAGAAAUCUCAUCCCCCCUUCAGGAUGAAGAACAGCAAGAAAUUAUUAAUUCAGCAGCAUUCAUUGAAGAGCACUAUGGCCAUUUAAUUGACACUGUACUGGUGAAAGAAGAUCUCCAGAGUGCUUGUAACGAGCUGAAAACUGUUUUAGAUAAACUAAACAAGGAUUCAUUUUGGGUGCCAGUCAGCUGGGUUAGGUCAUAGCUUGUUACCAUGUUUAAGGGAAAGACUGUAUAAAAAUGCUUUGUAAAUACAUGAAUUAGAAAAGGGAAGUAUGUUGAAUUUGCUUCAGAACUGCUGGUGUUACCUAGAAGGCAAUAAAUAAAGACUGUAUGAGGAAAGACUAAACAAAGUCACAAGCUGACACUGCCUUUUUGAGUCAGAAUUUUGAAUAGCAGCUGUCAUUUAGAAGUCAAUACUCAGGCUAAAUAAGCCAGUCCAGUCUUCUACUGAUCUUUAGACUGGAAAUAGUGCAUUUUGUUAGACUGAUGUUUCACAGAGGCUCCCACACACCCAAAGUAUUUUGUGCUGGGACACUGACAAGAUGGAAGCUUUGACCUUUGGCCACAAUUCUAGCCACAAAUUUUGUGACUGGAGUUAAAACCUCAGAGUACCUGUUGGGAACAAGCUCCUUUAGCUGGGUGGGAAAUGUUCUUUGGAGAGUGGUAACACCAUGCCAACUACUCAGAAGUUCAGCUGGCUGGCUGGCCAGCAAAACAUGCUGCCCUUCACACAGAAGCAUUAAUUGCAAAUCCUUCCCAGUUUGGCACUAAGAACUAGGUCAGCUGUAGAAGGGGUUUUUUUAUGUCCAUCACAUUUCCCAGUACUCCAAGUUGUCUUGCACAGGUCACAGGUGUGAGUCUGCUCAUCCACAGCUUAUGCCCACUUUCCCAGUCACAAAAACAACCUGUGAGUGUACCUGUAUGACUGGCCAGCUCAUAAAACAGAGAUUUUUAUAGUGUAUGUGAAAACAACUGCAUAUGGUUCUAAAAUAGGAGUUUAGAAGCUUUGUUUCUGCAAACAUCUUUGCCUGUGCUAGCUGGUGGGGACACAGCCUUGACACCAAUGGAACAGCUCCAAAAAGGGCACUAAAAGGAGGAGCUGCAGCUCAAAAUCAUCAUCUUUCCAGCAUUUAUGGCUUCUGUUCCAAAUCUGGUAAAGGUUUGCAGAGCAUCUAAUUGGCCUGAAGAAGAAAACUGUUAGACGACCUUGUAUAUAUUUGAGGAGACUUGAAUAUACAAUAUUUUUGAGUGGGUCUUAGGAAGAUGUAGAGCUGAUUCUGGAAGUAGCUGUGCUUUAGACUUGGGGGAUUUAAGGGGAGAGCAUUGUACAGGUGCAUGUUAGCUGUAACUAGAAUUCCUGUUUUCACUUGCCUGCUGAGGUCUGAUGUUUCCUGUGUAUUGUGCCCUUUAAACAAGACCUUUUGGUGUACCAGUCUUGUUCCUCAUAUCUAACAGUAAAAUGUUAUUCUUGUUCCAUGACAUUUAGCAGAACUAAAAGUUGCAUAUUAAAAGCACAUUUCUUACA